GUCGUCUUGGUGCACGCUGUCACGUGGUUGUCUGCAACGGUCUUAAGGUACUCGUAUUUCAUACCUAACAGCGCCGCCAUAUACUUACGUGAUACGUGGUAAAAGUAACUAUCGCUGAUCAGCACGCAAUCAAUCACUAAUAAAAAUCUACUAAAGUCAAUCUGGUCUGUACUUGAAGUUGUAGAUCACACGGCGAAGUUACCUAUAAGCGCUGUAAUACCUAUUGCUGCGGUGAUCAAUUCAUCACGAGACUGUUAUACAAAGAUGAGAAACGUGUGUCUGUUGGUGGCCUUUUGGUUUGCCACAUGUACGAUGGUUAUUGUUGGCCACGUCUCCGCGGUGGAGUUCGAUCAGUGGCAGCCUUCGCCGUACGGCGACGACCAUUAUUACUACGGUGGGUCCACUGCGGCGGCUGCGGCAACUCCAGUGAACGAGGAAGAGUCGUCGCGCACUCAUCAUGGAAAGCACAAGUUCAAGAAGCUCAAGAAGCGACUGUUGCUGCAGUGCCUGUUGGCGCACGGCCGGCGACGGCGUGACACUUCCGCGGCUUCUGGUCGAUUUUUACUUCCGGUCGUAUUGCAGAGCACCAACGUCAACGUUGGUGCUGGCGGCCAGCAGCAUCAACAGCAGCAGCAGUCACACCACGGCGGCGGAUGUAUGCAAAUGUUCGGUGACGACAGUCACGGUCCGCUGGGUUCGCCGCCGUCGUUGGGCUCGUUAGGUUCCCCGUUAGGCUCGCUGGGUUCGGCUCUCGGUUCGCUGGGCUCGUUCGGGCCGUCAGUGACGGAAAAUCCGGAGGAAGACGAGGGCGGCAACCGCAAUGGUCUGUCGUAUUAUUCCGGCGACUGGAACAGAUAUGCCAGACAGUUUCGCCGCAACUUUGUCAGGCCUCUGUACCGACUUUUCUAGGCACGUAUUUAUAUGGUCAUCUCGGCGCAGCUAUUAGAUUCCGCCCAGACGUCUCAAAUGAAACUGAUAUCCAGUGUACCUAUAAGUUAUACCUGCAGUUGUGGGACUCCUUUCAUAUUUUUCAUUACAUUAGGUAAAUGUCACUUGUAUCAUUGUAAAAUCAACUAUAUAUCAUACGUAACAUGUAUACAUAGAAUUUUUAAUUACCACCCAGGACCCAUAAUUCACAUAUAAUGAUUGACAAAUAUACAACUAUCAAUUUUUUUUUUUUGAUAAUAAUCAUGAAUAUUUUGUUAAGAAUUCUUUUGGCACACUUUAGUUAGGCUAGAAAAUUUAGAAAAGUAAUUAGAAAACUAUUCUACUAGUAAAAUUAAAACUUUGAAUCAGAAUUUACAAGUAAAUUAUCAUCUCCGUUGAAUAUUCCCAUAUUGUAUAUUAUUAGUGUAAAUAGUAUUAAUUUGAUAAAUCAU